AUGCAUGAAAUGGAAUCGUUCACUAAAUUACUGGAAAGACCGCAAUAUCUCGGGUCCAAAACCCGUACCAUAUUUUGGAAAUACUUUAAGUCAUUUCUUAAAGCCGAGGCCUUAUGUGGAUGGUAUAACACUUACGGCCGACUCUACGGUGUACACGAAAUGGGAGCGCCGGCGUUAAUAGUGGCGGACCCGGUGCUCAUCAAACAGAUUCUGGUAAAGGACUUUCACAAAUUGCGUAACACUAUGCCCACUGAUUCAAAUCAAUUGUUUCCUUAACACUUGGCCAACGCCAGCGAUGACCACUGGAAACGGCUCCGACUUAUAUUGAGCCCAGCGUUCACUUAAGGCAAAUUGAAACGCAUGUACCCUCUCAUCGACGAGUGUUGUCACGAGUUUAUGCGUGCUUUGGAUCGCAAGCUGUCCAUCAGUAGCGGUCAUACGGUUGACGUUCAGUUGAAGCCACUUAUGGCCGA